AUGAACAAGCUCCUAUCGCUGGCCCUCUGUCUCUACGCUGUGGCGGCUGUGAGGCCACCCAACGGGCGAUAUGAGAAUGUAUCAAAAAACUUAAACGAGCAGCUAGAAAAAAGGGGUGGUUCUAAUAACGGGAAAGCAUUUAACUUGAAAGAAAACAUAAAGUAUGAAAGGAAGAAUAAUUACGAGCUCUUUGUAGACUCGAAUGGAGAGCUACAACAGGAACGUUUUGGAGUGAAGGAACCCAGACAAUUACUAAAAAAAAAUGUGGAUCAGUUAAGGUACCUAAUUAACGAUUUGGAAGUUCUCACAGGAGUGUAUAAAUUCAACGCGAGAGAUAAAGAAAAGGUGUUGAAGGAAACCUUGAAGCCGGAAUCUCUUUGCUUUACCAUGUUGGGUCUGCUAUCGAACAACAUUAACAAGGUGUUACCAGUGGACGACUCUCCUAUAUAUGGACUGCUAAUCAAGGGAGAAAGGAACACCAACACGAAUGAAGUGAAUACAGAACUAUCUAUCUAUGCAAUUCUAUCAAACCUAUCGGUGUAUGUUGGUGAGUUUAAAUUCCCUUCUUUGAAGACUGCUCCCUAUGAGAUCCCCUUCCUGGUUGGUUACUACAACAAUAAAGGAAAUGGCUUCGGAAACAAAACAUUUUCAUAUCUUUGCCCUUUACCAACCUUCCUAAUCGAUGUCGUAAGGACAACCAAGUUUGGAAUGAAGUUUAAUUUUAAUGGAGUCGACAUGAACGCGGAAAUGUUAUUCCCUGCUACCUUAUCACACUGGCUCGAUAUGCCAUCCAUGGUCCCUGUGCAAACGGGAGAUAAGUAUGAGAGCGAGAGGAAUGCCAUGGUACAGGUGCUGAACAAAGAAGCCAAGGAUGUGACAUACCGAAAGGUGCAUGACACGGGAGUGAUUGAAGGGGAGGGUAUUGUGAAGGCACAAGAAAGGAUAUUAGCCUCCAUUUCCUUUUCCAAUAUGAGAGAAGCAGUGAAACGUUUUCUAGCGAGUUCGGGCAAAACCCCCAUGGAUGAACCUUCCAGUGUUCUUUACUUUUUGGCCCUCAGUCAGAAGUUGUUUGGCAAAACGAAAGAAACAACGCAGAAAAGAGUAACAAAUGUGGAGGUAUCCAAUGUCGUGCAGAACAAGGGUGGAUUCUUACAAGCGUAUAAUCUGAAGCUAACUCUGGAAGACUCCACCUCAGUGACAGUAGAUGCGCUCGUACAAGGAAAGAAUGUGUUGGUACCUAGCAAAAUGAGCGAUGGAAGCAGUGGUGCCUCGGCCUCGUUGGAGGUGCCCGUAGCUUACGGACUGAGCGUGGGCGGUAACGCAGGGUUGACCUACAGCUUCGCGGGUCUAUCCUUCGACCUGAGCAACGCUUUCCCCUACAGCAUGAACAACUUGGCAUCCUUCGUGAGCGCGGUGUAA